UGAUUUCCCCAUGUGAGGACCUCGUUUUGACCCACUUUUCGCGUAGAUUAAUUAUUAAGGGGUUGCUUGUUUAUAAAUGGAGCGACAGAUGGUUGGUGGGUUAUAGUACAUCAAGCUGCGCCACCUUCUCUGUAAUUACGGUAGUCUCCACCUCCCUCCUCCCCCUUCUAGAGCAGCCUCUGCACAGCGCUCUGCUGUUGAGAUAUUGGUUGCGUAGCCGGUGACAUUUAGCGUGGUUUCAAGCUACAUUUCUUAACAAAGGGCGACCUAUUAUUUAUUGUUGAACAAAUUUUAGCAUUUUGCCAUUUAUCAAUCAAAAUGAGCACCAUAAACGUGAAGAAGCUCAAAGUUAACGAGCUGAAGGACGAGCUGAAAAAGCGGAAUCUUUCGGACAAGGGGCUGAAGGCCGAGCUGAUGGAUCGCCUGCAGGCCGCGCUGGACGAAGAGGCCCUCGCCGGAGAUUCCUCGGCCGCUCAAGAAGGUUCGGGAGAUGAUGGGUUCGACCAGUCGGCUGACCCAGAAGGUAUGGCAGAGGAAGAGGAAGGCGACGGCCCAAUAGAGGAGAACAUGGAGGCCAACGAGGAAGAAGCUGAGAAUGAGGGUCAGGGCGAGGGCGACGGCAACGGCGUUGCCGAGGACGAAGAAAUGGGUGAAGGGGAAGACGGAGGGGACGAGGACGACGAAAUGGAUCCCCUGCUCAAGGCGGAUGUCGACGACAUGGAAAAAAUCGAAGACGGUGAGCCCGGAGACCACGCUGCAGAGGGGGAUGCGGACAAAGACACGAAUGCUGAUCAGAAGAAUAAGAAGGGUGUUAAGAGACGCCGGGAGGAACAUGGAAGGGGCUACUUUGAAUUUAUUGAAGAGAACAAAUACAGCUGCGCCUCUUUUAAGUCUCCUGUACCCCCCUUGGAGGAAGAAGAUGAAGAGUGUGAUGACACAAAAGUCUGCUUGGAUACCUACAACUGUGACCUGCACUUUAAGGUGUCACGAGACCGUUACAGCGCUUCAUCCCUCAUAAUGGAGAGCUUUGCUUAUCUGUGGUCUGGAGGAAAGGGGACCUAUGGUGUGAACCAAGGCAAAGCUUGCUUUGAGAUGAAGCUCACAGAGAAGAUUUCAGUCAAGCACAUUUCCAGCAAGAACCUAGAAAUUCACGAUGCGCAGGUCGGAUGGUCCUUGUCAACUGGCACAUUGCUACUGGGUGAGGAGGAGUUUUCCUAUGGCUACUCCUGUAAAGGCAAGAAGACCACCAACUGUGUGACUGAAGACUUUGGAGAAACCUUUGAGGAGAAUGAUGUCAUCUGCUGCCUCAUUGACUUCGAGGGUGAGGAGGUUGUUCUGUCCUUCUCCAAGAAUGGUGGGGAACCAGCUGUCGCUUUCAGGGUCUACAAGGAAAGUUUAAAUGGCCAGGCCCUUUUCCCACACGUCAUCUGUCGCAACUGUGCCGUGGAAUUUAACUUCGGCCAGAUGGAGACUCCAUACUUCCCUCAGCCCCAGGGCUACACCUUUCUGCAGCAAUUCCCUGUCAGUGACCGCGUGAGGGGACUGAAGGGACCCCAGACUAAGGCUGACUGCGAGAUCAUCGUGAUGGUUGGUUUGCCUGGCUCAGGGAAAACGACAUGGGUGAAGAACCAAGUCCAGCAGAACCCUGGGAAGUACUACAUCCUGAGCAGCGACACUAUUGUGGAUAAGAUGAUGAUCAACAGUUUGAAACGCCAGUCCAAGGAUAUCACCAAACUGAGCGCCAUUUCCCAAAGAGCUCCACUUUUCUUGGGUAAAUUCAUUGAGAUUGCUGCUCGCAAGAAGAGGAACUACAUUUUGGAUCACACCAACUUGUCCGCACCAGGCCAGAAGAGGAAGAUGUGUUUGUUUGCAGGCUUCCAGCGUAAGGCUGUGGUAGUCUUCCCCACAGAUGAGGAAUACAAGAAGAGAGUCCAGAAGAAGGUUGAGAGUGAUGGCAAGGAAGUGCCUGAGCACGCUUUGCUCAAAAUGAAGGGCUUCUAUGCCCUGCCUGAGGAAGGAGAAAGCUUCAGCGAGGUCAUAUAUGCUGAGCUGCCGAAGGAUGACGCCUCCAAGCUGCUGGAGCAGUACAAAGAAGAAAGCAAGACGGCCCUGCCUGCUGAGAAGAAACCCAACCAGGGGAGCACGACUCCUAAAAGAGGCGGCAGUGGCAGCGGUCCUCGUGGUGGUGGCCGGGGAGGCAAGAAUCAGUUUGGGCGCAGUGGACAGGGUCAGAGAGGUGGUGGUCGUGGAGGCUUCCAGAACAGAGGCAACUUUAGAGGAGGUCCUGCCCCUCGCGGUGGCUUUAAUCGUCCUCCUCGUGGCUUUCUACCUCCACCGGCCUUCAGGGGAGGGUUCCCCCGGCCUGGAAACUUUGGCAGGGGCGGCGGUGGCCCGAUCCCCAGUCUGGGUGGAUCCCCAAGAGGAGGACCAAUGAGGGGUAAUAUGGGUCACAGAGGAGGACCUAUGAACAGAGGUGGCCAGAUGAACAGAGGUGGUCAGAUGAACAGAGGAGGUGGGGGCAACAUGAACCGUCAUGCAAACAGGGGACCUCCCACCCAUUUCCAGCAAAGAGGAGGCGGCCGUGGAAACUUUGGCCAGAAGAACAGUAACUAUGGUAACAGGAACAGCGGGAACUUUGGCAACAGAAACGGCAUGGACAAGGCUCAAGCCUUUAACCAGAGCUGGCAGCAAGGGCUCUGGAACCAGAAACCUUGGAGCCAGCAGUAUCAGCCUGGAUAUUACUGAGACACUUGUUCUUAUGGACUGGUGGCUGACACUGAGAACCCACCACUAGCCACGGAACAUCCCUCUGCCCUGCUGUUUGAGUUUGUUUCCUUAGAACCCACUUUUAAUCAUCGGAAAUCCACUGACCUACAAGCGAGACUGAAGCGACUCAUCUGGAGCGAGAACAUUCCAUCAGAAAGCAGGAAACACAAAUGUAAUCAGAGCUUUAUAUAGUCUAUUUACACAGUUGAUUGUGGGUUCAGUUUUCCUUCUUGUUGUACAUGUUAUUUUUUCCCCAACCACUUUUAAAAUGACAUGCUUUUAAAAACGUUUGUAAAAUCAGUACCAAGAAACGUAUAAGUGGGGCUAUUUAGGAUUCCUUUAGUCUUUGGUUUGUUUUUUUGUUCUUUGGGGUUGUGCUUUUUAUCUGUGCUGUGAUUCUGAUUUGCUUUUUUAUAAAAAAUUGUAAAUAUUUUUUUUUUUGUGUAGUUUCAGACAUUUAAGAAAUGUGAUGAUUGAGAUGAGCUGGGGCUUGUUUGAAGGAAGCAGGUCAGAAUAUAUUGGUAGACUGUACAUGUCAGUGCUCUAUGGCAGAUAAAUGAUUUUUUCUUUGUUUUUGUUCCCACCAUCAAACUUGUAAGAUCAUAGACCUACAAUAAACUACUCGCUUGCUUUUUUUACAUUCA